AUGAGUAGACAAAGGGUAAACUCCAAGUAUUUAUAUUAUUCUCAUAAAUAGGUCACCGACUGUAAACAAAUAAAUUAGGAAACAUAGUAAGGAUUCAGAUUCAAGUUCUUCAGAAAGAAGGUAUGGAAAAUUUUGGAAACCUAAUGAGGAUGCACUCUUGAUUGAAUUACACUCUAAAUAUAAUGGUAAUUGGGGUUUAAUUGCAGGAGAAAUUAUUGGAAGGAACUUAAGUUAAUGUUAACAAAGAUGGAAGCGCAUAAAUCCAAAUAAGGUAGAAUUUUAAAUUUGAUAUAUAUAUAGACUAAAUUACGUAAGCAAUGGAAUGAUGAAGAGGAUAAACGAGUGAUACUAUUUGUUUAAUAAUAUGGUCGAAAUUGGAAAGUUAUAGAAGGAUUUAUGGAAGGCAGAUCAAGUAAAUAGAUUAGAGAAAGGUUUUUAAAUAAUUUGGAUCCAGAGAUUAAUCAUUAAAAAUUUACUCCUUUGGAAGAUAAAAUAAUUUUAGAAUAGUAUCGAAUUUAUGGUCCGAAAUGGAGUGAAAUUGCAAAGAUGUUAGAUAGAAGACCAGUAUUAGUAUAUUUAAAAUAUAGGAAAACUAAGUGAAGAAUAGAUUUUAUUCGUUUAUUAAGAGAGUUCACAUGUUGGAAGAGAAAUCGGAUGAUGAUGAUGAUGGGGAUUCUUCGUUUUCUGAAUAACCCAAUAUUCCAUAACCAAUUCCAAUUUAUUANAAUUGUUCAUUCUUAUUAUUUAUUUUAUUUAUAAAUAUAAUUUAUAAUCAGAUUGUCUAUAUUUAUAUAUUCAAUUUAUUUAAUAUUUCUUGA